UCUUAUAAAGGGAGCUUCUCUGAGUCUCCCAGCACACACUCGAGAACAACUCCAGAGUCUCUGGCAAGAUGCUGCUGAUCCUGCUCUCAGUGGCCCUGCUGGCCCUGAACUCUGUUCAGAGCACAAAUCAAGAUGUCCACUACAGAGGCUCUCCCUCAUUGAUAUCAGGUGUACCACAAAAAGGAGGACCACAAGGAGCACCCCAGCAAGGAGGACCCCAGCAGGGAGGCCAACAAGGAGCACCCCAACAAGGUGGACCUCAACGAGGAGGCCAACAAGGAGCACCCCAACAAGGAGGACCCCAGCAGGGAGGCCAACAAGGAGCACCCCAACAAGGAGGACCCCAGCAGGGAGGCCAACAAGGAGCACCCCAACAAGGAGGACCCCAGCAGGGAGGCCCACAAGGAGCACCCCAACAAGGUGGACCCCAGCAGAGAGGCCCACAAGGAGCACCCCAACAAGGUGGACCCCAGCAGGGAGGCCCACAAGGAGCACCCCAACAAGGAGGACCUCAACGAGGAGGCCCACAAGGAGCACCCCAACAAGGAGGACCCCAGCAGGGAGGCCAACAAGGAGCACCCCAACAAGGAGGACCCCAGCAGGGAGGUCCACAAGGAGCACCCCAACAAGGAGGACCCCAGCAGGGAGGCCCACAGGGAUCUUCCCAAGGUCCAUCAUCCCAGUAAAUUAGCAGUCAAUAACAGAAAGUGAAUAAGAUAAGAAGACUUCCCCCCCCCUCAGAACACAAGAACAAUGUGGUCAUAACUCUGUCUUCCAAGUAACAAUAAAAUAAUCAGCAUGCAA